AUGUCGCGGCGUCCGAUCGAGACCGGGGGUUCCCUGGUGUUCCAGGAGGGUAAGAAGAUCGAGGGCGAUAUCAAAUGUAAAAAUGUCUGGGUCUGGAAGAUUCUGAGAUUUGUCAUGCAUGUUUUGCAUGACCCAGGAUGUCGUAAUGCACGACCGCGCAUCACAGAUUUUGAGAGGGCUCUCUGAUGCCAACUCCGCAUGACAAACGCCCUCCCCGCGUGGCACAAAUUAGACUCCUCUUGCUGGUCAUGCAAUACAGAUUUUUCUAGAGUCCAAAGUUAGCAUCACAAGUUCCAAUCUUCCAGACCCAGACAUUUUUACAUUUGAUAGGCGAGUACUACAUUAUUGCGGUCUACGAUGACCCGGAAAGAAACACGGUUUCUUUCUGUAUCCUGAGCAAAAACGUACCCACGCCAGAGUUGUAAUGCAGAUUUGCAAAGACAGGAAGACUUGUAAUGCGUAUCCCCAUGACGAGAGCCAUUUCCAAUCGUGUUUUGGAAUUUGUGAUGCUGUGAACAGGAUGAGCAGACGAAUCUGUGACGCGGCUGCACUUGCUAACCUGCACUACACUGCAGAGUGCAACUUGUCAUGUGUGACUCACAAAACUCCUAGGCUUGUGUUGCAAAGUCCCCAUCUCAACUCUGGGGUGGGUACGUUUUUACUCAGGAUAUUCUGCGCGUACGAGCUCGAGACAAACCAGACCUACACGCUGCCGUACACGUAUACCGAGCUGGAUGAGCUGUUUCGAUACAACUCGGAGCUGAUGAACCCAACGAACCGCGACGCAAGAUAUCACUGGAUCAUAGAAAGGUUAGACUUCGUCGUAGCCCUGGACAGCACCAGCUCAGGUACCGAAUUUUGCGACGAGUACGAAUAAAUUUAAACAUUGACGAUCCCAGUGAAAGGGAAGUCAGUGUUUCAAAUUCUAUGCUCAACGUGUUCUGGGACUUCUAUGCGGCUCAUUUGCAUAGGGAUAGGACUGACUGCAAUUGCCUCAUAUUUUUCAAAAACAGGUCGAAAGUUGUGUUUAGCACCAGAGCCCACACCUGAGGAGGAGCCACAGGAAAAGAAGAAAAAGAAGAAGGAUGACGCGUAUCAUACACGUUUAUGUGCACUCAUGCUUUUCUAUGACUUUCUUGGUGAAGCAGCAGCGUUCCGAAAAUGUUGUUGUGUUUUUUUUUGCAUCACAUGUCUGCGUGUCAGGCAUGUCAAAGCACUUACUUAUGCGGAUAAAGGGAUGAUGAAACAAUAAAACAGUGGUGCGGGCGGCGGUAAGCUGGACGCAGCUACACGAGCAAAGCUUAUCGCGGAACUCGACACAAUGGACGACCACGCGCUUUACAUCAGUCUGGUACAAAUAGUUGUGUACGAUUCCGAAUCUGUUUUAUUUUUCUUCUUGAUGCUACACAUACACUGCCGAAAUUCAAAUUUCCAUCCACACGCUGCGUGUUUGCCAGCUAUACCCGAAAUCGUUUUCAAUUAUGUGAAGAUAGAUGAAAAAAAUCAAAAUAUUAUAACGCUUUGCUCAGGUAAAAUCCGAGGAGGCGCGCAAGCAGUUUCUGACGGCUCUGCACGCGAAGAGGAGGCUAGAGCAGAUUAAGGCCGGUCAGCGCUGCCACAAAUUAGACGAGGACCAGGAACAGAGGAUGAAGAAGCUGCAGCAGCAAAGGGAUUUCAUCAAGCAAAAAGCGGUGCAGUACCAGGAGGACCAAAAGGAAAAGAAGAUGACCAUGGCAAAAAUGGCAGAGCUGAUGAACCAGGCAGAAAACGAGGCCGUGAAAAAGUACAAAUCACCAAAUCAGGCUUUUCGUUUUCUCAAAUGUUCGAUGUAGUUCAUUCUCAAUUUCACCAUGCGUCUCCGGCGAAUGCUCGUGAGAAAACAGUGUCGACUAUGUGUCGAGAAUUUACCUCAACUACACGCUUUCGCAUUUUUGGCUUUCCAUCUCACGCUUUCAUCUACAUAGAUGACAUAAAUCUCUCGUUAUCUACAUCUACUUUACUUUCAGGGCUCUGAAAAAGAAGGCGGAUAAGAAAGCAGAACGUGCAGACUGGCGCGCGGCGAGGCAAAAAGAGCGGGAACGCGAAGCCGCCCGUGCCAGGAAGGCCAAGGAGCUCCAAGAGGAGCAGUAUCGAAUGCUUGCGAAGAGACGCGCAAUUGUGCAAGAAGAACGAGAUAUGGUACGAUUUGGACUUUCUCUCUUUUCUCGACUAUUGAUGCAGUAAAUUUGUUCCGAGGUUGAUUCUGUCCUGUGCCCAUGAUGUUGAAUCAACAGUUUCAAGCUGUAUAGUAAGUUUGUCAGUUCACUACUACAGGUCUUGAAGCAGCGACAGGAUGAGAUCCUGCGAAAACGGCAAGUUGCGCUAGACGCCCGCUUGCGGCUGCGGCAGGCCAAGAAAGCGAACGCCCUAGCAAAUGCGGAGCGGGAGGAACAGGAGCGCCAAAAGCUGCGGGACGAGCAGGACAGAAGAAAGGAACACUUCAAAAUGCUCGAAGAAAAACGAAUCAACAGCGAGUUGCAGAGGGAAAAGAAAAGAAACGACGAGGUACUACAUGGUAGUCGGGCUGAUAGAUCGUAUUGCUUCGACAUGAUCUCCUGCAGGGAAAGGGACGAUUUGCACGCGUGUGUUUGCUCGCUUGACAACGAGCUCCUGCCUUGUUGAAUUUGUUAUGUGUGGUGCUGGGGGUGGGGCGCGUAAGCGUAAUAGAAGUGAAAUUCAAAAUCAAUAAAUCUGCUGGAUCCUCAUUACAGAUUCGAGACGUGGUGCUCCAAAUCCAAGCUGACCACAAGGAGGCCAUGUUGGAGAAACAGGAGGAGAAGAAGCGUAUGGUCGAGGAAAAAAUGGUCAAGGCCGCCUUGGACGCGCGGAAGCGGGCGAUGGCCCGCCAAGCGUUGGAGGAGCACCAAAAUUGGCGGAAGCAGCGCGCGCAGGAGAUGGCGGAGGAGGAAAUGAAGAAUGUCAAGGAGCAGGAAUGGCUAUCCUGUGCAAAAGUAUGGUACUCGUAGUAAUCGCAGUCAUGCAUGACAAAUCUAGCAAUCAAGGCGAAUCCGCAUUACAAAUUUGUAAUGCUGAGGAAAUUUGUAAUGCAUUUAUACGAGUGCGAUACUUUUGCAAUGCAUAGUGGCUGCGCCGGCACGAUAAGGACGCGGAGAGGGGGGUUCUCGACAAAGAGGAUGAAAACGCGGACGACGCCAUUCCCAUCGAAGACGAAGAAAUCUUGCGCUUGAAAUUGGAACAACGGGCCAGGGAGAAGAGAAAAGAAGAACGAGACGUGAUACAGGUAUAAUUUUUCGCACAUCUUCAAUUGUUCUGAAUUUUUCCUUAGUGUCUCUCUUCCUAUGCGCGGCAAGUUUGAUGGCUACCCACGCUAAUGGUGAUGCAGCUCGUCCCUGCGAUUAAGAUUAUUUGCGAAGGCGGCGUCUUCGUUGUCCUCGUGAUGGUGAUCCCCUCCUGCUGUAAUUGAAGCCCAACCUUCUAGAAGAUGAUCAUGUUGCGUUUUUUGCUUCGACGUUGCGAAUAAACGGUUGAAGAUCAUGGUUGUUCAAAUUGAUGCUGUUGAAACACCACCACUAACACUAAAAACAGAAAAAGGCGGACGAGAAAGUCGCGGCGGUCGAGAGCUUGUUUUCCUCGCAGAAACAGCGGAACUUGGCCGAGGCCAAGAAGGCGGAGAUCCGGCGGCAGGCCGAUCGAGAGAAGCUGAUCAAGAAGGAACGGGAGCGUGUUUCCCGCGAGGAGGCGGCCCUGGCGGCCCGGGUCAAACUGGAGAACGAGAAGCUGGCGCGGUUGCAAACCCACAUGCAGCUGGAGCUGGAGAGAAGGAAGAUGGACGCGCUGCGGUUAUCAAAGUGAAAAAAGCCCCCACCCCAUAUCGGAAAUGGAAGACGCGCGAAUUUGUGAUGCUGUAUUUGAGUACACAAAUCGACUUGUAUUGCUAGAAGGCCAAGAGACGAAGCUGCGGCCUAAGUUGUAGGUAAUCUGUCAUGCUGUUUCCCACUUCCAGUUGCCUCCUGUCAUCCUGGAGCUGCAAGGCUUUCCCACGCUAGACAGCACUACAGUCCGCAUCUUUUGCCUUCUAGCAUCACAAAGCUGAUUUGUGACCCCAAAUCUGCAUCACAGAUUUCCGUUUUGAUAUGGGGAGGGGGCAUUUUUCAUUGUAAUAGCGGUCAGACGAGGACCUGAAAAAGUGCAUCCACCGCGCACAAAACUUGCCGGUUGGCACCUGUCUCAGCGUCAACUUCCUGCCGUUCUUCUAAGCAACUUCGUGUUGACAACAUCCUGCUUCCUCUCCGCUCGAGAAAGAUAUUAUCGGGUGCGGCUUCCGCUUCCUGUGUGUGUUUCUCGCUCGUGUCACCUGAUCUUGUUUGUCGGCAGGAGUAGACAAGAUGUGACAAGAGAGGAGAUGAAGGACUACACCAGCUUCGACUAGUACCACCGUGUAACAUUCUACUUAAUUCCAUGACCGGUUAUUUAGACAAUAGACUCCAUUUAGAUAUUACGAGAAAAUUAUCACCUUUAUCAAAUGCGAAUGACUUUGGAAUUUAUGCUUUAGACACCAGACGACCUGUUGAAUGAAAAGAACAGCAUCUAGUUGCAGUAGGUGCAGGUAAAAAUUUCAGCAGCUGAUCGCUUUUUGUUUCUGACAGCUAUGACGAGAGCUUAAUGCAAGGAGAAGGAUGAAGGGCUACAAAGCCAAUGCAUGAUACGCACGGCCGUCCAGCUUUGAUGAAGAAAUGCCAUGACCAAAAUGCAGCAGAUUGUGCCUCGCGUCGGUCGAGGACAACAGGCAGGGCAGAUUAGGCCGCUGGUUAUACGACCACUGAACAAUUUAAUUUAUUAUGUUGGUCCACCUUCUUUUCUUGCAGAUCAACAUCAAGAACGAGUUUCUGCAAAUAAAAACCUGCGUUUAAUUCGAGUAUAAUUGCAAGAAAUGUUGUUGUCCAAUUCCAAUACCAUUACAGUAUCACGCAAGAAUGGACGAUGAAUGGAGCGAAAGCAAGAUUUGUAUUCUGUUUCGAAAUAAACCGCAAACUGUACAAAAUUUCUGAAAAUGAAUACAAUAGCCAAAGCAGUAGAUCGAAAAUGCAUGUGAGGC